UUAUCAUUUUUGUUGGCCCAAAACUACCAGGUACAUACCUUAGGGUAAGGUCUUGAGGGGGUAACAUCAGGAACCUGCCGUGGGCUGAUAGGCAUCUGCGUCCUGCGAUGACGACUCAUCAAUUAGGGGCAGAUCACUUGCCCCUCUCAGGUCACGAGCGCAGCUUACAUGGUCCCUCCGAAAAGCCAGCUCUAGCUCCAGGUCCAUCCCCUCAACCCCUCACUGGUGCGAGUACUUCUUCUACUUGCGUCUCCCAGCCCCAAGUCCCUCCUCCUCCUCCUCCCUUUCUUCUCCCUUUCAUACACCUGCUUCUGCACACCACACCCUAUCGCACCGUUUACCCGACCAUCACAGCCAACCCGGAUCCGGUCAAUUGAACCGGAAGCCAGUCGAAUUUCUCAUUCCCAGACUUAGACUUGUGGCUCGGCCCCUUUCCUCAUCGCUGUAGAUACGUCACCUUCGCCACAUUCUCCUCUCAGUCGACAAAGUUCUUUCAAGAUGGCAAACAAGAACUCUGCAGUGUCGGACGAGCCCAUCGAGGUUCUGUUCGCACUGCAACCCAAAUUCAACCUUACUGACCUCGCUGGUCCGCUGGAGGCUCUGGCCUGGGCUCAGCACGAUGCCAAUGAUGCAUCUAGCAAAGCCUUCGAAUGCACCCUCGCCGCAGCCGAACCCAAGGUUCUGUCAAACCAGGGCGUCGUGGUCGGCAGUCAAAUCUCCUACAAGGAGGCGUACGACCGUCUGAACGACUUUGACGUCCUCGUCAUUAUUGGCGGUGGUGUAGAGGAACUUUUGAAGGAAGGUGGUGAACCCCUUUCCCUUAUCCUCGCAUAUGCCGAGCUUCAGAAGAACGAUCCUGGCCGCGAACGCACUCUCUUCUCCGUGUGCACCGGGUCCCUCCUCCUUGCUAAGCAAGGAAUCCUAUCCGGCCUCUCGGCCACCACGCAUCCUUAUUACAUGACAAAAUUUGAAAUCCUCUGCAGUGAGGCCGCUACCAGGAAUCUCGCUGAGCGCACCGAUGUCGUUGAGGACGCCAGAUAUGUUGUCAAUAAUCUCCGCUUUGACAUCGGGGAUGAGGAUGAGAACCCAUACAUUCGACGGAAGUCGGACGCCCGUCGCCCUUCCCAUGGCCGGAAGGGCAGCAUGUCAUUCAAAAGUGCCACCAGGCGCGAGUCUAUUGCCCGCCGCGCCGCGAUGCGGCUCGGUGGGCUUCGGGUGAUCACGAGUGGGGGAGUGAGCGCGGGUGUAGAUGCGGCUCUAUACCUAAUCAGCGCUCUCGUCUCCGAUGACUCUGCCGCCGAGGUCGCACGCGUUAUGCAGUGGACCUGGAACAAGGGGAUUGUCGUGGAUGGCCUCGACGUUUAGAUGGUGGGUGAUAUGGCGAAUAUGGUAAGGGUCAAGAU